AUACAUAUAAAUAGAGCGCGAAUAGGGAUAGGACGGAUGAAUAACAAAAAUCGUCUGACAAUAGUGUUAACCGAAUAUUUGAGCAGGACAUGUGUAUAUUAUAGACUUCAUUGAGAAAAUCUUCGGUAUUCUAGUCGCGUUCGACGAAAUGUAUACAAACGUUACGAGAGUCGCUGUUUUUCUUUUCUUUUUUUUUUUGCACUCCCUUUAAAGCGUCGAUUUCUUACAUCGUCAUACGUUGAUUGAUAUAGCAUUGAAUCCGGAGAAAUUUGAAAAAUACUAACAAAACUAGUUACAAAAUUUUACCGGUUGUAGGUCUGUAUUUUGAUAAUUUUACAAAUUUUGUGCAUUCUCGGUCGUCCAACGAGAAAUCAUCGCACGCGCGCGCGUCUUACGUAUGUCGCACGUAUUGCUCAACGAAUUGUAAUGAUACUACUGAUUAUCAAGAUGGUGAUGAGCUUGUGAAUGUCUUGCUUUGCUGAAACACGAUGUCAGACGAUAAUAUGCCACAUAUCUCGUAUGGACUCGACAGUCGUGGAAGAAUAGUGCGUAUAGAAUCAGGUAUAACCAGAGCAAACAUCAGACGUCUUCCAAGUAUAGAAGAAGCUUUAAGGAGACUUAGUACAAAUCUGAGAGUCGAUAGACAACCAAGUGAUCCCAUUAAUGCAGAAGUAUCUGAUCCUCAAGUAGCACGUAUGGCAUCAUUGGAGGAUGAAGGUUCUCAGAAUGCAUGGGAUGAUCUAACAGAUCAGGAACUGUCUGCUGAUAUCACUGAUGGAGCAUCCUCUCCAAAUCAGAUCACAUCUAGUGUGCCAUCAUUGACCCCAGAAGAAGACAGGCGAUACUGUUGGGUAUGUUUUGCAACUGACGAAGAUGAUGCAACUGCAGCAUGGGUUAAACCAUGUCAUUGCAGAGGCACUACAAAGUGGGUUCAUCAGGGUUGCAUACAGAGAUGGGUUGAUGAAAAGCAGAAAGGUCAUGCAGGGCAUGCUGUGGCCUGCCCACAAUGCAACACAGAAUAUAUUAUAGUUUAUCCAAAUAUGGGUCCAUUAGUGGUAGUACUUGAUACGAUCGAUGCAGUUAUCUUCCGAGUAUGUCCUUUCAUUGCUGCUGGUAUAGUAGUCGGAUCCAUAUAUUGGACAGCUGUGACUUAUGGUGCAGUUACUGUUAUGCAAGUGGUGGGUCACAAGGAUGGCCUUACUAUGAUGGAACAGGCCGAUCCUUUAGUCCUAUUAGUUGGCUUACCAACUAUCCCUAUUAUGUUAGUUCUGGGAAAAAUGCUUCGGUGGGAGGAUCAAGCUCUCAGUUUUUUAAGACGUCACGCGUCCAAGGUUCCUAUUUUAAGGCAUUUUCUACCGAGUAGUUAUUCUGAUGAGGAUACAAGUAUGCAAUCUGAAGAUAUACCACCAAUGAAUGAUCCAGUAUCCGCAACGCGUGUUCUUUGUGGUGCGCUUUUAUUACCAACUAUCGCCAGCUUAUGUGGAAGAUUAUUUUUUGAAAGCAUAAACUCCAACUUUCAAAGAACAUUGUUGGGUGGUGUAGCCUUUAUAACAAUAAAAGGCGCAUUCAAGAUUUACCACAAACAACAACAAUACAAGAGACAAUGUCAGCACAAUUUAACAAAUCGAGAAAGGGUCGAGCUCAAAUUGAUCAAGCAGAAAGCAGCGCGCGAUGCGAUUGAACAAGAUGAAAAAUUAGAUACUAAAGUAACGUUAAUGUUACACCAUUCGGAAACAAUGAAACUGCGCCCAAGAGAGUCCGCAAGGUACUAA